AUGAGCCAUUUUGUGGAAGAAACAGACCAGGAAAGACUCAUGAGUGAUGUUCCAGACAACAUAGCUUGGAGAAAAUUCUGUGUUGAAUCUCAAACUUCAUCCCAUACUGAACAUCAAAGAAUGAAUUCUGAGGAAAAGUCUAGUAAAUGCAAGCAAUGUGGAAAGACAUUCACAGAGUGCUCCAAUCUCACUCAGCAUCAGAGAAUCCACACUGGGGAGAAACCUUAUAAAUGCAAUCAUUGUGAAAAGACAUUCAGUCUGAGAUCCAGUCUUGCUCAGCAUCAGAAAAUCCACACUGGGGAGAAAACUUAUGAAUGCAAGCAGUGUGGAAAGACAUUCAGUUGGAAAUCCAGUCUUGCUCGACAUCAGCGAAUCCACACUGGGGAGAAACCUUAUGAAUGCAAGAAAUGUGGUAAGGCAUUCAGUCUGAGUUCCAAACUUGCUCAGCAUCAGAGUAUCCACACUGGGGAGAAAUGUUUUGAAUGUAAGCAAUGUGGAAAGACAUUCAGCCUGAGCUCCCAUCUUGUUGUACAUCAGAGAAUCCACACUGGGAAGAAACCUUAUGAAUGCAAGCAAUGUGGAAAGACAUUCAGUCUGAGCUCCAAACUUGCUCAGCAUCAGAGAAUCCACACUGGGGAAAAACCUUAUGAAUGCAAGCAAUGUGGAAAGACAUUCAGACUGAGAUCCAGUCUUGCUGAACAUCAGAGAAUCCACACUGGGGAAAAACCUUAUGAAUGCAAGCAAUGUGGAAAGACAUUCACAGAAUGCUCCACUCUUUCUGUACAUCAGAGAAUCCACACUGGGGAGAAACCUUAUGAAUGCAAGCAAUGUGGAAAGACAUUCAGAGUGAGAUCCAGUCUUGCUCAGCAUCAGAGAAUCCACACUGGGGAGAAACCCUAUGAAUGCAAAUUAUGUGGGAAAACAUUCAGAGUGAGAUCCAGUCUUGCUCGACAUCAGAGAAUUCACACUGGGGAGAAACCUUAUGAAUGCAAGCAAUGUGGAAAGUCAUUCAGUCAGAGCUCCCAUCUUGUUGGACAUCAGAGAAAUCAUAGGCUUUCAUGUUGA